AACAUUUAAUGACAAUAAUUCUGAAAUUAUCUCACCAAAAUAAGAAAUCAAUCCUAAGUAAAAAUGAGAUAAUUACCUGCUUGCUGCUUCAAAGUAAUUUAAAAUGAACGUCGAUUAUUUAUUAAAAUCAUAUAAACACAGAGCAAGCGGCUGUUUAAGAAGAGAAACUCUUAACGCGGCUAGUGAAGAAACUCAACUAGCGUCGCGAGUGUAAGUUUUCUACCUGCUAUAAAAGGCUACACGUCGCAUUCACGAAAAAUACAAACAAGAUCACAACGUUUUCUCUGAUAUGGUAAUACCAUUCAAAUGUGCCAAUUGAAAUUACAGCAAAUCUGUAACUACAUACUACAUGAAUGAAAUAAUAAUAAUAAUAAUAAUAAUUCAAAUUUAGUUCGACUUUGAAAUCGCCGCACUGAUGGAGACAAGAAACCAGCCAACGAAAAAGGAAGUACUCUAAUUACUACAAUUAGCCGUGAAAAUCGCCAAGCUCUCCCUGCUACUUUACGUAUUUUAAAUAUCGAUUUUGGUUUUAAAAACUGAGAAGAAUAUUACGAGUUUGUAAAUAAUUAUUUAAAAAAUGUUGGGGAUUUAGUUGGAUUAUCGCAAGCAUAAAUGUAUGGCACCAAUUCGAAACCAAGCAGCGUGUGGAAGCUGCUGGUCCUUUGCUGCCAUAAAUCCACUCGAGUUCUCUGCUUGCAACAAAACCGCAACUAAAGUACUAACUCCAUUGAGUGAGCAACAUCUGAUUGAUUGCGAUCUUUACGAUAAUGCAUGCAAUGGAGGUUGGCCGACGAACGCUUGGUACCACAUCAAAACCAAGAAUGGAUCGGCAAAAGCUGCGAGUUACGCUUACAGCUCCGCUACUUGUUGUACAACUUCCUGCUGCGCAAGGAAAGCCUGCAAAUACACUGCAUCUAUGCUGGGAGCCAAGGUUUCGAAUUUUGGUAACGUAGGAAGCAGUAGCUCUAACAAUACCGCAUCGGUUAUGCAAUCGGCUUUGCUCCAAUAUGGUCCUCUUGCAGUUGCCAUCGCCACUGCCUCGUCCUUCAUGAGCUAUAAGAGCGGCGUUUACAACGAUGUGGCUUGUGAUAACAAAACAGUAUGCCAUCAACAUUGUCGGGUUUGGUAAGACAAAUGCAACUUAAUGCUCGUCUGGAACCGACUACUGGAUCAUUCGUAACUCCUGGGGAACCACAUGGGGGCUCUUGGAUUACGGAAUGAUUCAGCGUGGUGUCAACAAAUGCAGCAUUGAAUCGUAUCCUAUGGCUGUUAUUGCGGCUUAAAACC